GUUUGACAGAUACAAAACUAUGGCAGAAGUUGCUCCAGCUCCAGCGGACGUGGCCCCGGCCCCGACCAAGCCCAAGGCCGCCAAGGUGAAGACCAAGCCCCAGAAAAGGGUCUCCAAGCCGGGGACAGGCGGAGAAAGCGUCAGUGCACGCAUAGUUAAAGCUGUGGCUGCCUCCAACCAGCGGACCGGUCUGUCCUUGGCCGCCCUGAAAAAGAUGCUGGCCGCCGGUGGGUACGAUGUGGACAAGAACAGAGCCCGGAUCAAGAUCGCCAUCAAGAAGUUGUUGGAAAACGGGACCCUGGUUCACACCAAGGGAACCGGGGCGUCCGGCUCCUUCAAACUGAGUAAGAAGGCUGACACCGGUGCCAAGAAGUCCGCAAAGAAGUCCGCACCUGCAGCCAAGAAGAAGAAGAAGAACCCUUCAAAGAAACCCCCAGCAGCAAAGAAGCCAAAGGCAGCCAAGGGAGAGAAGAAGACCUCCACCACCCCGAAGAAGCAGAAACAGGCCAAGAAGUCCGCAUCUCCCAGGAAGAACACCAAAGCCCCUAAGGCCAAGGCAGUGAAGCCCCCUGCAGCCAAGAAAGCCCCUGCACAGAAGGCGGCCAAGCCCAAACCGGUGGCCAGGAAGCAGGUACCCAAGAAGCCAGCAGCUAAGAAGGCAGCAGCCAAGAAGACGGCAGCAAAGAAAUGAAGUGUCAUCACAAAUGAUUGACAUUAACCAAAGGCUCUUUUAAGAGCCACCCACCAAGUCCACUAAAGAGCCAAAGCCAUGUCCUCUGCAUGUUCACUGGCACUAGAAAUAACUGCUGUGUUCUAGGAGUUGACAUCUGACUGAAAACCAGUGGAAGUUCAGACUAAAGCCAGGAUUCAUGUGGUCUGAGGAACACCUGAACCCACUUCAGUGGACUCAACUGGCAGAUCACAGGUGUUUUCAGACAGAUCCAUACGAGGGAUGUGAAAGCUGAAUGUCUCUGGUGAGUCAGGAGCCAUCGAUGACCUGCUUGAUCCAGUUUGUCAGCCUGGUGAUGCGAGUGUAGACCCCAUAGUAGUCUGGACGUCCACAGCCGUGACCCC